AUGAAUACUAUGAUAUCACCACCGCCUUUACCCAAAGCAGUACCAGCUCCGGCAGCUUCUCUUCAAUCCCAUCAUCAUGCUCUGAACCUCACUAGUCAUCACAAUCUUCUCCUACUUCCUCCUCCUGCGAAGCCCUCUUCUCCGAGGCGACCCGAAGAACCUUCCCGCAGUCCCCUCCGAGUCCUCGAAACUCCGUCUCGACCCAUCAAGAAGGAGGGACCAAGACCCACAAGGAAGAGCUCCACUACGGAUGUACUGCGCUUGAUGGACGCGCUCGCCCUCCCUGUGCCGCCGGAGACUUACCUGUCACUUGUCAAGGAGUGCACUCUAUCUGGGGACUCUGACGAAGCCCUAGAGCUGCACAGGCACCUCAAGCGCAGCGGUCAUAGACCUAGCCUGGGCUUGCUCAACAGGGUCCUGCUAAUGCACGUCUCCUGCGGGUGCGUGAGAGCUGCCCGUCAACUGUUUGACGAAAUGUUCCAGAGGGACUUUCUCUCUUGGGCAGUCAUGUUCGCUGCGUUCAUGGAGCAGGGGGACUAUGAGGAAGCCAUGAGGAUGUUUUUGGGAAUUCGGGACAGAUUUGGGCCGUCUGAGGUGCCCUCAUGGAUGGUGUCUUGCGUUCUCACGGCCUGCGUGUGCUCCAUGAAUGUUGAGCUGGGGAAGCAAGUCCAUGGAUGGGUGCUGAAGACUGGUAAUUCCAAAGAUAAGCCCAUCCAGAGCUGUUUGAUGAACUUCUAUGGAAAAUUUGGAAACGGGAACUCAGCAAUUACCUUGUUCAAUGGAUUGCCACAUCCUGAUUUCGAGAAGAUGGACAGGACCGGAAUGAGGAAUAGGUGCCGUAUAAUUUCAAGGGCAUUGAAGGCAUCCGGAGGUAUAAAUGAUGGAGGGCAUUGUGGAAAGCAGAUUCAUGCUAAUGCCAUUAAGGUCGGGGUCAAAAAUCACGGGCUCGUGCAGUGUGGGUUAGUUUAUAUGUAUGCAAGACACGGGUUAUUGAUAAAUGCCAGGAGAGUCUAUGAUGAGAUGGCUACUAACAAGAGGCGGUAUGCUGUGUGCUCGAAUUCCCUGAUUAAGGGAUAUCUGCGUCAUGGAUAUUCUGUUGAAGCCAUUAAGCUUCUGUAUGAGAUGACGGCAGAAGGGAUCCGUUGCCCUGAAGCUCUCCUUGAUAAGGUUCGGGUGUUGUCAGGAAGUUGA